AUGAUUCCAAAUAGAAUUGCUCAUAUUAAAUAGUAAUUAUCAAUUAGUUCAUUAAAGGCAUAAGAAUAUAAAUAAAAUAAUCCUGAAAUGAAAAUAUUUAGGACCUAUUGCAAAGAAAAUAAAAUGCAAAAUAAGUUAUUAGAUCAUUAAAUAAAGGUGAUAAAACUGAGAUGA